AGUGUCGCACAUGACUUCGCUCAAUUCGCCUUCGCCUUCUGGAACUCGGGAAAGUACCGACAACCUCCUCGAGCAACAUGGAUGCCACCUCGAGGAUGGAAACACAGUAUGUUGGAACGAGGAUAGCAAAGAUCACCCCAGNAAUUGGGGCCCAGUCGCGAAAUGCUACACGACUGUGAUGAUUGCUUGGGUCGAGUUGUUCAUGACUGGUAUAACGGCCGACUCUGCUCGGAUGGAGUACCAUAUGAGUAGAACCCUUGCAGUGUUCGCCUUUGUUACCAUGUAUCUGCUUGGCCAAACUCUUGGAGGCAUAGUCUGCGCUCCGAUAUCUGAGACCUUUGGCCGUCGCACACUAUACAUCGUGUCCUGCGCUGUAUUCUGUGCCUUCUCAGUAGUCACAGCAGCGCCGCCAUCGCCAAUCGCGGUAUACUUUGGUCGCUUUAUCCAAGGUAUCGCAGCUGCCGUUCCUGCUUGUGUAGCAUAUGGCAGUCUUGAAGAUAUGUGGGGUGCCCAGAUAAGAAUCUGGGUCGUAUACUGGUAUACUGUUUCCGGCUUCAUUGGUCUCGUCUUGGGUCCCAUCUACUCAUCGUAUAUCACUCAUUACUAUGGCUGGCGAGCAGUCUUCUACAUCUCCGCUGUAGCAGCCGGAGUGUCAACCAUUCUUUCCUUCUUCAUGAAGGAGACCAAAGCUGAACAGCUUCUGCAGAAGAAGGUGGACGUUAUACAUUCAGAGACUGGUCGCGAUGAUCUGAAUGGUCCUUCAUCUGAAGGAUUCUCAUUCAAGUCUUUUGUCAGAGACUCGCUCUUCCGCCCUCUCAAGUUCCUGGUCACUGAACCUAUAGUAUUCUUCUGUUCAGCACUCUGCGCCAUUGCUUUCGGACUGAUCUAUGGUUUGACAGAAGGCUUGACUGUGGCAUACACCAAUCCACCUUUCAACAGAACAUUUUCUCAAACCUCUUCGUCAUUGUCAUUCAUCGCCAUUCUUAUCGGUAUCCUUCUGGACGUCCUGCCACGCUUCUACGACGACUAUCUGUUCAAAAAGUUCCGCCAGCAGAAACGCCGACUCUUGCCGGAAACUAAGAUCAGAUCUUUCGCUCUUGCAUGUCCUGCCCUCGCCAUCGGCCUCUGGAUCUUCGCUUGGACCAUCCCACCUAGAGUCACCAACGUUCACUGGGUUGUAUCGAUGAUCGGUCUUGUCCUCGUAGGCUUCGCCACCGCCGAUCUUAGUUAUGUGCUCUUCGGCUACUGCACCGAUUCAUAUGGACCCAUGGCUGCGUCUGCUGUUUCCUCGCUCAGCACUUGCCGUACCAUUGCAGCUGCAGUGUUCCCUCUGUUUGCUUACCAGAUGUUCUCGGGCCUGGGAGCGAAUAUUGCUGCGUCCAUCUUGGCUGCUGUGGCGACUCUGUUUGCUUUCACACCUAUUCUUUUCCUCAAGUAUGGACAUACGUUGAGGAUGAAGAGCAAGGUUGCCGCUGCAGAUGAGGAUUGUUUGGCUGAGGAGAACAAGCAUAUGGAAGAUGAUUCAAGUGAAGGGGAGAAAGAGAAGAAAACCGAAGAUGUU